AUGUGGGUAUACCAAAGUGGGUAUACCAAUAAAAACUAUCCAACGGAUAUAAAUGUAAAGGUGUCGCGACCGUUGACUCAGUAAUAAACCAGCUUGAGUUCGUAUCGGUUGUUUUACUUGCUGCUCGUAAACAUAUCACUGGCGACGAUCUACCCACGACGCGUUUCUAAAAUGGCGUACAUCGGAAAUAUUUCUGUGUUUGAUUAUAAAAGUCAAGAUUGGCAGAUUUUCUACAGCCGAUUGGUUCAAUUUAUAGAAUUGAACGAUAUCAACGAAACGAAACAGAGAGCGGUUUUACUCACUCAUUUGUCCGAUGAAUCGUACCGAUUGACAAAAAACUUAUUUCACCCGCAAAAGUUGGAAGAGACAUCGUUUAAGGACUUGGUCAAGAAACUAAACGAUCAUUUUACUCCAAAGAGAUCAACAUUUGCGGACAGAGCGAAGUUUUACGAAGCCACCAGGUCAGAGAUGGAAAGCGCUGAAGAAUGGGGCGCGCGACUCAGGGGACUUGCUGUGCAUUGUGAAUUCGGUACAGAGUUGGACGUGGUACUGAGAGAUAGAUUCGUACUCGGUUUGAAUGCGGGCCCCGAACGAGACAGGCUGUUUGAACAGGACUCCAGCACCCUGACGUUUGCCAAGGCUCUGGAGAUUGCUCAGCAGGCAGCGUGUGCGCGGGCGGCGCGGGCCGCCAGCGGUGGCCUCCACGGCGUCGUGAAGCAGGAACCGGUGUAUCGAGUCAGUGAAAAUCACAGAUCAACCAAGGCGACUCAGCAGGAGACGUCUCAUGAAAAAUCUGAUCAUGUGUAUUGCUCAGUGUGUGGUUUAAAAAAUCAUGUGUCAUCAAAGUGCCGUUUUAAAGGUUAUCGGUGUAAUAAUUGUGGCCAAAAAGGGCAUUUAAGGAAGGUUUGCCGUGCUGAAAAGAGUGAGAAGUUAAGGUUAAAUAACAUAGAAAGCGAUUGUAAGGAAUGUGAAGUCUUUAACCUUAGGUAUGUAAAUUAUGAACCUAUAAAACUUGAUAUACUCGUAAAUAAUUUAAAAUUAUGCAUGGAACUUGAUUCAGGAUCUGGUACUAGUGUUAUCUCUGAAAAAUUAUAUUUGAAAUAUUUUCCGCAGGUUAAAUUGCAUAAAAGUGACCUAACAAUGUGUUUGUACAACAGCCACAAAAUCACGCCCCUUGGAUACUUUAUAGCUCAAGUGUCGUUUAAAAAUAAAAUCAAUGAUCUAAAAUUUUAUAUUGUGAAAAAUGGCGGACCACCGCUAUUGGGCCGUGAUUUCAUGGCGUUGUUCAAUAUAGGUUUCACUACUUGUAAUCAUUAUACAUAUAAAAAUGACGGCGGCGCUGAGAACGACGUACAGCAAUUAUUAAACCAGUUCCCAGGUCUUUGGAAAGAUGCAUUAGGGUGUUUUAAUAAAUUCAAGGUAGAAUUACAUGUAAAGGAAAAUUCUGUUCCAAAAUUUUUCAAACCGCGUUCUAUACCUUUCGCCCUAAAAGACAAAGUAGAUGAGGAACUAACUAGGCUUGUCAAAUUAGGUGUAUUAGUGCCUGUUCGUUUUUCAGAAUAUGCCACACCAAUAGUACCGGUCCUAAAGGAAAACGGCAAGGUGAAAAUAGCUGGUGAUUAUUCUUGUACUUUAAAUAAAGAUUUAAAAAUUGAUAAAUACCCCUUACCACGUAUUGAAGAAGUUUUUGCCAAAAUUGGGGGUGGACAACAUUACUCAAAAAUCGAUUUAAGUAAUGCUUACAAUCAAUUUUUAUUAAGCGAUUCGUCUCAAGAGCUAACAACUAUUAAUACACCGAAAGGCCUUUUUAAAUAUACUCGGUUAGUGUACGGUCUCGCUAAUGCACCAGCUAUUUUUCAGCGCGCAAUGGAAACCUUGCUGUCCGGCAUAGAUGGAGUUUCGUGUUGGUUAGACGAUGUCUGUUGUACCGGGCCAGAUAGGAAAACCCACAUGUCACGUCUAAAAGAAGUAUUAGAACGACUGCAUGAAGCCGGGUUAAGACUGCAAAAAGAAAAGUGCGCGUUUUUUCAAGACAGUGUCACAUACUUGGGUUACGUUAUAGAUAAAAGCGGCCUUAAAACAUGCCCGAGUAAAGUCGAAGCCAUAAUAAAAUCUCCAGCGCCCACUAAUGUUUUAGGCAUAAAACGAUUUCUCGGCGUGGUAAACUAUUAUCGCAACUUUAUUCCGAAUGCGUCAUCAGUGUUAGAACCGUUGCAUGAGUUACUCCGUAGCGGUGUGGCGUGGGAGUGGGGGCCGCGCCAGGCGGCGGCGUUCGAGCGCGUGAAGCGAGAGCUGGGCUCCGCGCGCGUGCUGGCGCACUUCGAGCCGCGCGCGCCGCUCACGCUGGCCGUGGACGCGGGCCCGGCCGGGCUCGGCGCCGUGCUGGCGCACCAGCUGCCGGACGGCACGGAGAGGCCCAUCGCAUUCGCGUCUAGGUCGUUGGGGGCUAGCGAAAAAAACUAUAGCCAAAUCCAAAAAGAAGCUACGGCCAUAAUAUUUGGUGUGAAACAUUUUCACCAGUAUUUGUAUGGUAGGCAGGAUCCAUUCAUAUUAAAAACGGACCACAGACCGUUGCUUUCAAUUUUUGGUAAUAAAAACGGAAUAUCUGUUACGUCUGCUUCUCGGUUGCAGCGUUACGCACUCAUACUUUCUGCUUAUAACUAUACAGUGAAAUAUAUAUCUAGCGAAAACAAUUUAAUUGCUGAUUAUUUCUCUCGCGCACCGUUACCUAUUCCAAAUAAUGUUGAACAGGAAGAGGAAGGCGUGAACGGUUAUUGUUAUUUGAAAUUUUUAGAUGCAAACGUAAAACCGGUUUCUUUUGUAGAUAUUAGGGAAGCCAUACAUAACGACAAAAUUGUUCAAACGGUAUUUAGGUAUAUGAGGCACGGUUGGCCUAGGAAAAUUACAUGUAAAAAUAUAUUGCCAUAUUUUCAAUGUAAAUCAGAUUUAGAAGAGAUCGAUGGCUGUCUUUUUCGAGGGCACAGAGUUGUAAUACCUACAGUAUUUCGAAAACGUAUGUUAGAGGAACUGCACUCGGCUCAUUUCGGAGUCGUUAAAACUAAAAGCACAGCGCGAAGUAGAAUGUGGUGGCCCGGCAUCGACGGCGACAUCGAGCAGUGGGUGGGCGCAUGCGCGCGCUGCGCCGCCGUGCGCAGCGACCCGCCGCGCGCGCCGCCCGCGGCCUGGCCGCGCGCCGCCGGGCCCUGGCGCCGGUUACACAUCGAUUACAUGUCCGUAGGGCGAAACGUAUACCUAAUCGUAAUAGACGCAUUUAGUAAAUGGCUAGAAUGUAUCCACAUGAAUAAUUGUGGCACGUCUUCCAGCGCGCUAAUUCGUAAUUUGAAAUAUUUGUUUUCCCGUUACGGAAUACCACAUUUAAUAGUAUCAGAUAACGAUCCCAAAAUAUGUUCAACUGAAUUUCAGGCGUUUUGUAGUAAUAAUGGCAUAAAAUAUUUGACAUCUCCUAUCUAUCACCCUUGUAGCAAUGGCCAAGCGGAAAAUUCCGUAAAAACUUGCAAAAAAAUGUUAAAAUGCAUUUUAGAUAAUAAUAAUUUAACUCAAUUAGCGGUACAAGAAAAAUUAUGGGGGUUUCUUUUUGAUUAUCGCAAUACUGUGCAUUGCUCAACCGGUUUCACGCCUGCAAAGCUUAUGAUGGGCAGGGACUUAAAAUCAAGAUUAGACCUAAUUUUUUCUGAAAAUAAUUAUGAAAGAUCAGAGUUACAAAACAAUGAUUUGCCAAAUAAUAGAUGUUUUAAUAUUGGUGACACCGUCUGGGCAAAGUGGUAUGUUGCACGUAAAUCAAAAUGGUCCCCAGGAACUAUUACUAAAGUGUUGGGUAACAGAAUGUUUGAGAUUAAGUUUAAGCAAUAUAAUGUCACACAUAAACGCCAUCUUGACCAAAUAAUGAAAUUUAAGGGAAAUAAUAUUGUAGAACCGGACAAUAACUAUGAGGAACAAAAUGAUUAUCAUUUUGACCAACAGUCAUCGCCUUCAACUCACGACGAGAUGACGUCGUCGGGGCCGGCGGCGGACGAGCCUCCCGCGGUCGCGAGCCCGGGCGGCCCGGCCGCCGCCUCCGCGCCCGGCGGCGCCCCGGUCGCGCCUGCUGCGCCCGCACAAACGUUUGCUACCGUCGUGGGGGAAGGUGGUGAAUGUGAGGAUGAUGAUGAAUUUGUCGAAGCACAAGAUAUUGAUACGUUCAAUGAUGCUGAUUGUAAUGAGUUAGAGCGGCCUAUCCCUUCUGCUAGUUCAAAUAGUAGUAACUCCGUACCGCAGACGCAUAAUGCUCCAAACAGUGAUGAAAAUAUAGAAGUUGAUAGGCCUCUCGAACAGCGGUCGAGAAGACCACGAAAAAUUCAACAACAGUACAAAUAUUACAUCCAGCCGUACGUUUAUUACUCACAACAAUACCCGUACUACCCACAGCAGUACCCGUACUACCAGCAGUCGUACCCAAAUUACCAGCAGACGUACCCAAAAUACCAGCAGUCGUACCCAAAUUACCAGCAGGCGUACCCAAAUUACCAGCAGGCGUACCCAAACUACCAGCAGGCGUACCCAAAUUACCAUCAUUACCCGAACGAACAGCAGUUGAAUGAGUAUUACCGGAAGCUGUUGCAGCAAAAUCAGAUUCAUCAGCAGCAGUCUUCGAAUGGACAGCAAAACCAAAUCUCCACCACCACGGAAAUCCCAACCACCUCGGAGAUCAAUCAUUAG